UCCGUGCGUUGGUAAGAGUGCCCCCUGUCAAAUCGCCGUACGGUUGAUUAUGAUACACUUAUUGGCAUUGCCAUUGUUGAUAGUGCUCGUCUUUUGCUUGGAAAUAUUAUUAGUUAUCGACUAUUACGAGAUUGUGUAUGAUAGAAGCCAAAACGUAAGGAAUCAGAAUGUUUUCGUUUCAUAAACCUAAGGUGUACAGGUCGCCUACAGGGUGCUGUAUAUGCAAAGCUAAAUCAAGCAGUUCUCGGUUUACCGAUUCUCGCAAGUACGAAGACGAUUUCGUGGAAUGCUUUCAACUGCCAUCACCUCGCAAAGGAGAAAUUUGUAAUGCAUGUGUUUUACUUGUAAAACGUUUCAAACGUCUUCCACCUGGCUCGGACAGGCAUUGGGGCCAUGUUGUCGAUGCUAGGGUAGGACCCGGUUUAAAAUCAAUGACCAGGUUCAAAAAGAAAAAGGAAGAGAAGGAAUUGGCUGCGAAUUGUGUAGGAUUUAACAAUACGAAUGCACCCCCUGAGAAGUUUUUGAAAAUAAUGAAGAAGAAGAGUAAAAAAAUGAGAGAAGAAAGUGCCAAUGCUCAAAAGAAUAGAGAAAAUAGUCCAACCCCUUCCGAUGACAGCACACCGGGAAGUCCUCUGAGUUAUCACAGCGAUGCUGAUGACAAUCUUUCCGAUGUUGACUGCAAUACCAAUCAGCAAUUGGCAGAAGAUGAAAAUAGUGCUGUCGUUCAGAAUGGUAAAGAAAACAAUGCCCAGAACAAUAUUGUUAGGCAACGCAGGAAAAGUCAUAAGCCGCCUAGUAAACGCAAAGCUGGACCGCCUGAUAGUGGAGGAUUUUUGCAACCCGGAUAUUGGUCUAGUGUAAAAAUGUGCUGCGGCACAUUCUUCAAGGGCGCCGGAAACGAGCUGGCGAUAGACAUGACAAACUACAAGCCGUGCAGGAAUCACCAUUCCUCGCAAAAGCGCCAAAAAUCCGUCGAAUCCGCGACGACGACGACAAUGACGACGACAGACGUCGUGGUCGCAUCAUCAGUGCUGCCUUCAACUAAAGAUAAGGUAUUUAGUGAUAAUUCCUCAGACUCAGGUUAUGACGAGUACAGUAACCAGGAGAAAAAUAAGGAGAACUCCGAAGACACGACCAACAACCAGGGUAAUAAACCGUCUGCACCAGCGGCGGCGGCGGCGGUGGCGAUGGCGACACCCGGUGGGGCAAAAGUACUUAGCAUCGACAAAGUCCUCAUCAAGCCGAGUUUUGUGCUGAACGGCGCCACUGUAAAGGUCAGUCCUGGUAAUCUCGUUAAGCAGAAUAACAUAGUUGUAAUUAAACCUAAGAAGCAGGUCGUAGCAUUAGGCAACACCUUCAUCGUUAAGUCUCCGACGCCUAUUACGACACAAGUACAACAGGCAGCCAAUUAAUAUUAUAGACACAUUUUCCAUUAAACAUCCCAUUUUUAUUUUUCUGUUUGUUUUUCCUAAUGUAUAAAUAUGUACAUUUGCGAUGCAAUUUAUUGCCACUAGUGAUGUAAGUAUUACAAAUUGUACAUGUGAAAUAAUAUUCUAUGACGUGAGAGAGGCUGGCGAUGUAGUUAAUUAUAAAAAUUAAUAGGUUGUAUACAUAAUUUUAUAUUAAAGAAAGUCAUAAGUCUCGAAAUUGCAAUCG